UAUUUUUCCCGUGAAACGGAAAUAAUUACUCGACAAUUUUCGCGACAGAAUCUAUAACGUCUUCACACUGCAGCGUCUAAUUCACCUAUCACAGCACGUGCCCAAUGAUUUUAAAACCUCUGUUUAUAACUCCUAGUCGACAGGUCGAUACACUAUGAAUAGGCUACAGAAAUUCUUACACAAUCUAAACCGUACAGGCAGACACCAUUGCUCAAGAGAAAUGGCACCACGGAGACGCCAGGAAACCAAUUGUGUUUGUGAGCCCCAGGUUAGAUGUAAUAUGUACAUAAGUAACAUCUACAAUAAACAGUAUACUGAUGUCCUUUUUUAAGCCCGGGCUCCAAGCCUGAAUACAAUAUUCAAGUGACAGAUGGAGCUUGAGCGGUACUUUCUAGGUGUUAUCGAAGCCCAGGCUAUUAUCGGGGCUGGCAGAAGUAUAGAGUCCGACCUCCAUGGUCCGAUCAUCAACAUAGCAGGUUGUAAUGCACAUUUGAGCUGGAUCAGUUUUUGCUGUAAAAACUUGGUAACUGAAUCUAGAUCAAUCAUACGGCUAAUAUUUCAACGAUUCUGUGGCCUCAUAUAUUUACCUGAAUAUGAGUGGACAGAACGAUAAGAGAGAUAGGCUUAGAAGCAGGAGUGUAGGCCUACCUUGGAUAUUGGAUAAGCAGGGGUAUCUGAGUAGCCAAACAAGAUAUAUGAGCAAUAUGCUCAAUCGGAAAGAUCGUCUUGUUAAUGAAGAACACAAAAAUCUGCGGCGUGCUAUAUCUCGUUUCCAAGAUAACCCAAGUUGGACUUCAAGACAACGGAUCGCUACGUCACCCGCACGAAUCCGAUGCACCAACAUUAAUUUAGAUCGUCGUGACGGUGAGUUGUCGCUGCUUCCCCAACCCAUUACAUUACAAGGACAUGGACUCUUUGAGAAAAUACAUGGAAAUACUCCAGACACGCUUGUUGUGUCAAAGCAUUUUAAUAAACCUGUUAAAAAAUUACCAUUUCAGUCGUUAGUCGAACACAUGGACCAUGUUCGUAAAUUUGAUCAACAAUUAACUUUUCAAAAUACUGGUGAUCGAAAGGCACCUUUAUCUAGCCCUGCAUUUGGAAGGUGCUGCAAACUUUCCCAAAGGAAGCAGAAUAUGUUUAGACAAACCAACCAAAUUAGUCGGAAUUACCAAAAAACUACUCAUCAAAGCGAAGAUGAACCAGCAUAUUUUGUUUUACCAAAAUGCAGAGGAUUAACAACCAACUUUAAUCGACUGCCGUCCAUUGAGUUCUUGUACAACAAAGAGCGAUGUUUUAAGCUAAACGUUCCUACACCAACACCUCAAAUAUCUCGACAAAGUUCAUGUGAAAGCCUACCUGACUUGAUUGUGAACGUUGAUAAGUGUGUCCUUGCAAACCCGACGAUUUCGACUUUUAGGCCUAAAAGUGUCCCGUUGAGGAAAUCACUGAGCAAUUUAAAAUGUUUGCCAGAAAUAGUAAUAACACAUGCGGAGAAUGGUGAUUUUGAAUGUAUUGAAACAACCUGUCAACAAUGGAAACUUCAUAAGCUUGUACGUCAAUGUGAACUUCGGAGGCGGGAACUGUUGAGAUUGACAGAAGAUAUCAAAGAGUUUAAUGACUUGAACAAAACUCUUAAGGAGAAUCUUGCAACUUUUUAGACACGCUUCUGGAAUGACUUCAGGAGUAGUAGACUGUUAAAAGCAUUCAUCCAUGCUAGAUGGCUUUUUGACACCUUCUGGUAAUAAUAAUAAUAAUAAUAAUAAUAAGAUUUAUAAAGCGCACAAAUCCACUGCAGUAGUGCUCAAGGUGCUACAUGAAGGAACAAAAAAUUAACAUGAACCUAAAGCUACAAGAAAAGAAAAACCACACCAUCACCGCACCGUUUACAGGUAAUUUAAGGCACAGGGCCCGCCUAUUCAUUACUCAUCACAGGUGCUCAAGUAAUGGGAGUAUCUAACUGAAACAAUUAAGCAAGCAAGCAAAACAAACCGGAGAACUAGGAAAAAGCAGCCGACAGCAGAUGCGUCUUGAGAGCUUUUUUGAACAAAGGAGUAGACUGACACGAGCGAAUAUUUAUCGGCGUGGAGCCGCAACAGCAAAUGAUCGAUCACCCAUGAACGUGUAGAUCUAGGCUCAACAAGCAGAAGUUUGUCAGUACCAGAGCGGAGAGUUCGCGAUGGCACGUACCAUACAAGCAGUUCACGAAGAUACCCAGGACUUUCAUCUCUCAGAGUCUUAAAAGUAAUGAGCAAAAUCUUGAAAAUGCUCCUGAAAGAAACAGGUAGCCAAUGAAGUUCUUGUAGGAUCGGUGUGAUGUGCUCAAAUUUCUUUGUUCCUGUAAUGAUCCUAGCAGAUGUAUUCUGCAACAGUUGGAAUGGAUCUCUUAGAAAUACCAAAAAAGAGAGAAUUCCCAAAGUCAAGAUAUGAAGUAACGAAUGCAUGAAUCAGUUGUGCUGUUGCUUUCCUAGAGAGGUACUUCAUAAUCCUUCUUAUAUUGCGCAAGUGAUAUGUUGAGGAGCUAGUAAUUUUAGAAAUAUGGUCACCCUCAGCUUCGUGAAACUUGCGUCGAGACCUUUGCAAAUUAGGGACGUUUUUAAAAAUGGUCGCCAAAUAUACUUGCAAUGUACCGUAAAUAAUCUGCAAUUUGAAGUUUUUUUUCUCUUUAGUGGGGAUUAAACCAACUUUUAUUUCUUCUUUUCUCUUUGAUUUUCAUAAAUCAUGUCAUAAAAUAUCCGUUUUAUAUAUUUACAACAAGCUUAAAAAUGCAAAGGCUCAUAUGUAUACCAUAAGCUUAAAAAUGAAAAGGCGCAUAUGCAUACAAUUAAAA